AAUUAAUUUCUUCUUCACUUCUCUAUCUAUGAUGUGAUCAUAGCGUGGACUUUGUCUUAUUUCCUCACACAAAACAACAAACACAUAUUAUAAUUUAAAGACUUUUUCAUAACCCUUCGAUUCACACCAUUUUCUUCAUUCUGUGUUUUCCUUAGAUGAGUGUUGUGUACUUUUCUGAGGAUAACAAAGAGAGAACAAAAGAAUAACACUUUCAUCAUGGGAAACACUUGCAGAAAACCAGUUUGUCAUGAUUCCUCACCAAGUUUAUUUGGAAGUACAAAUACUCAAAGUAACAUAAAGCAGACUUCGGAUUCUCCUGACCAGAAAACCGAUUCGAAAACUUCAUCAUCAAAUGAUGACAAAUCGAUCUCUAAAGAUGUUAAGUCCUUCAGCUUCAAUGAUCUAAAGGAGGCAACUAGGAACUUUCGGCAAGAAAAUUUAAUAGGGGAAGGAGGGUUUGGAUUCGUCUACAAAGGAUGGAUAGAUGAAAACACUGGUGCUCCAACAAAACCAGGAAAUGGAAUUGUAGUAGCCAUUAAGAAGCUUAAGCCAGAAAGUUUUCAAGGCCACAAGGAAUGGCUUGCAGAAGUCAAUUAUCUAGGCCAACUUCACCAUGAAAAUUUGGUGAAGCUUAUUGGUUACUGUUCAGAAGGUAAAAACAGGCUUCUGGUUUAUGAGUUUAUGCAGAAAGGAAGUUUGGAAAAUCACCUGUUCAGAAAAGGUGUUCAACCAAUUUCCUGGAUGACACGGAUCAGUAUUGCAAUCGGUGUGGCAAGAGGACUAGCAUUCUUACAUUCCCUUGAUGCAAAUGUUAUUUAUCGUGAUUUAAAGGCUUCCAACAUCCUACUUGAUUCGGAUUUCAAUGCGAAUCUUUCCGAUUUUGGCUUGGCAAGAGAUGGUCCUACCGGAGAUAACACUCAUGUUUCAACUCGAAUUAUUGGAACUCAUGGUUAUGCUGCUCCAGAGUAUGUAGCUACAGGUCAUUUAACACUAAGGAGUGAUGUAUACAGCUUCGGCGUCGUCUUGUUAGAGUUACUAACAGGAAGGCGUGUAGUCGAAGAUGAUAGACAGGUAUACACUGAAGAAACGUUGGUCGAUUGGGCAAUGCCUUUCCUGAGUGACAGCAGAAGAAUAUUGAGAAUCAUGGAUACAAAGUUAGGCGGUCAAUACUCAAAGAAAGGAGCUCAAGCUGCAGCUGCGCUUGUUCUAAAGUGUCUUAAUACUGAUCCUAAACAUAGACCAACCAUGGUAAAUGUUCUAGCUGCAUUGGAAGCAUUACACUCCUCAAAUUCAUUUCCAAAGAAACCAAAAUCUGGAACUGAUAAUCAUAACUCAGUCCCAAGGACACCGAAAUCUGGAACUGAAAAUCAUCAUCCAACCAAGCAUUCUAGUCAUCAUCAUUUACAUAAGUCAAUUGCCAAUACUACUAGAAAACAUUGAGAUGCUUUUCUACUAGUGUGGACUAAUGCUUAUGCAUUCCAAUUAGUGGUUUGUUCUUUUCAUUAUGUAGCCAAGUGAACAAUUUCAUGUUCUUAUUGAGAAGCAUCAUUGUUAGCUGUCUUAGACAGCUAUGGAUGGAAAAACUUAGACCUGUAAUUUUUAGACCAUUAUAUUCAUUUAAUUUAUAGAUAUAGAUUUGUGUCA